AUGUUAUUAUUGAUAAUUAAUAACUAUUAUUGUUAUUGUUACGCAUUUAAUAAAUUUUUCUUACUUCAAAAAUUAAACAGACCAGUUAGUAAAUAUAAUAGCGGAAGCAGCAUCGUUUACAACUACGCAAUAUCGACAAAUCUAAAAAAUGUGGAAAAUAAACGUCUGAUAUUUCAAACAUCCUCGAAAACAAACACAAACAAUAGCAACAGCAACAUCCACAUACAGAGAAGCUUAUCCGCUGAUAAUGUCAUAAAAACUCGCGGAUUUAAACCAUCUGACAGACACGAUCCAAUUAAGAGAAAUUUUCUCGAAAAUCUUACCUCUAAAAUCUUACAUUUCGAUAUGGACAGCGGACAGAAGACUAUCCCCAUAAAUUUACAGAAGCUUCUCACUCCUGCAAUGGAUUCUAUCGACUUGCAGACCAGACACAAAAAAAUGUACGCUUCAUCAUGCUUUUACGGUCCUACUCACCCAACCGUUGAAGAUCAAGUAGAACUCGCUCGCCGGAUUUCUUAUUCGCUGAGCGACGUUAAAAAUAUGAAGAGCAAAGGCCAGUCCAUGUAUGUCAACAGGAAGAAACGAUCUGUCAAGUGGAUCCAUGAUGGAAAUGGCGAUGAGGGAGAGGAAGAACCUCAAUCCCUAGUUCACAAGGACAAAGUACCGCUGAAAUGCGUAAUGAAUCCCAAUGGCAAAGUGCUGGAUCUUACUGGCAUUCAAGCGUUAGGCGAAGAUCCUAACAUUGGUACGAGUCCGAUAAAUGCUGAGAAACUUUUUGACAUUGUUCGUGAUCUUAAUAACCAAAAAGGACGUGGCGCUGAAAUUUUCGCCAAGCGCAGAAAAAGGUCGGAGAAGUGGGUCGUUGACAAAGAUCAUUCCUCAACGCCCUCAACUCCUAAUUACAAUAAAGUACCUAGUUAUCCAACUAAUUUGGAUUACGGAACGAACGAGAACUCAAACUUUACAAAUUCACCUCUACCAACCCCAGCGUUCCAAAAAAACGACACCAAUUUAAAACCACUCUUCAAUCCAUUCGCCAUGGAUUUUUCAAUAGACAAUACACUACCUUCAAAGCAUGAAUCUCGCCGCAAGCAUUCUGAAUUCCCAAAUAAUUCACGCAAGCACGCAGAACCAGAGGUUAGAAAAAUUUAUCUGAGAGAGGUCGCUGUUGGAACUGACUCUGAUCUGACUAACGGCAAAAAUAACAAUAACCACACUCACAACAAUAACAAUACAAAUCAUCAUAAUUAUCAUCAUCAUCAUCACCAAAACAAUCACAACAAUGGGUACGAAAAGUACCGACUCCCCGAAUCAGAUCGCUACCAAUCCCAUCAGCGUCGCAAGCCUCAACAAAAUGACUACCGCGACUCUCGUAAUGACCGCCAUGGUGAUUACACUCGUCAACACGUCAAUCAACGACAGCAGAAGCACCAGAAACAUCAGCAGCUCCAACAAGAACCAGAAUUUGAAGAUGAAAAUGACUAUACACCAGUUCCGGUGAAGCAAUUAAUCCAGGAGUUUGAAAAAACUUGUCGUCCUGUUUUUCAGUACAAGCAAACUAUCCCAAAAGUUGCUAUUGUUCAGCAGCAUCCGCCGCUUGAUGACAUUUCGCGGUUCUUUGAUGCUCCGAACACGCGAAUGUCUAAUAAUAAUUCUAAUUCUAAUUCUAAGAAAAUAAACAACCACAUGAAUGGGGUCAGUCUCAACGGUAACCAGGUUCCAAUAAAUGGAAUGCAGAUGAAUGGCGGCCAAGUUACCAACGGACAUCAAAUGGCCAAUGGAAACCUCAACGGAAAUGGCUACCAGCGAUACCCGAAGAUUGGAUACCAAUCAAUGGGCGGCAAUGGCCUGAGAUACGAAUACGAUUCGACAGACGACGAGAUCGGCGACUCUUUUGGAGAGUCAAGCGAGUCGAUGGACAACUUGAACAUCGAAGACUAUGAUGGUGGAGGAAUAGGGAACGGUUCGUCGAGAUAUUCCAACGGAACUAGAAUGUCUGACACCAUCAGCAACAGAAUGUCGGGAAUGAGCAAUAGGAUGUCGGGGAUGAGUAACAGCCGGAUGUCAUCCAGUGAUUGCGACUACAGAAGACAAUUGUUCGAUGCUGCUACUGAUCAGCUGUUCGAAGCACCUGCGGGGUUCAGGAAUGAAGAUAUGGAAAGUAUCAACAAGUUCAUUGAUAGUGAAGCCGAAAUCCCUAUUCAGAUUAAGUCCCUCAUUCUCAAGGGCAUUACUUCACAAGAAGAUAUUAUGGAGCAGAUCAAGCAGCUACGCAGGACUCCUGUUCUUGAGAAUCUAGUACCUGGACCGCCGAUUGAUAGUAAGACGCUUCUGCUUUGCUUUUUGGCUGAUAAUUGUACUAAACUGUACGAGAGUACUUACAGCGGGCCGAAAAUAGCGAGUGUUCAGACUCUGGCGAACUACAACACGGCACCACGUGGUUGGGACCAGUCCCAGUCAUUCUACCGCCCAGUGACAUUCGACAAGCCGGCGGAGCCAAUAACUUACUCUGAUUUUUAA